CACGCACACGCCAGAGUCGAGCGCGCGCACACCGGUUGUUCUCACGCACAGCGCAGUGAGGGAGAACAGACUGAAACCCGGCGUGACAUGAGUUUUGUAGUAGCCUAGUGCUUCGUAGGUUAAUGCAAGACUUUUAACAUUUAUUUUUGUAGCAUUCGCCACAGAAUUUGCUUUUUUAAGUCUACAGUUUAUUUUAAUUCAAAAUGAAAAGGAGUAUGUUUGCGAUCAUCUUGCAGUAGAUUAAGAGUUCUCAACAAACAGAAAUCCAAAGUUUAUAAGGAUACAAAAGCGUGAUCUCGGGCACACGUACGUCUGGAAUUUGGCGUCUUAGGCAUGGCUUUGAACGCUGAUGCUACAGUUCCCAGUGCUGCCUCAGGUGCAGUGGAGGAAGAACCACGACGACAGCAAACAGAACAAGAGACCAAUCAGCAAGCAGGCACAGAGUCGGACCACACCCCUAACUCCUCUCAGCCAGUCAAAAGUGAACAGCAAGAUCCAGCCCCUGUUCAAACAAUUUCUCCUGCUUUAGACCCCACAACAUCUCAAGAUGCCCCACCUAAAGAUCACCUGACAGUCAUUGAUGAAAAGAUGGAAACAAGUAAUGGCAUUUGCCCGGCUGCUAUUGACAGUUCUCCAUCCGCUUCCUCUCCUCCUCAUCAGCAGCAUGCCAAGCACGGGCACUCAAACGGGCGUGCCAGGCUGAGCAGUCGCUCAGGGUCAAUAAGUCUAGCGGGGUCACCGCGACCUUCCCUUACCCGACAGCCAAGUGCAGCCACCGAUGUGGGACUUGACGGCUCCAAACCCAAAGAUUAUCUCAUAUGGGCUAUUCUGGCUUGCCUUUGCCCCGUCUGGCCAAUCAACAUCGUAGGCUUGACCUUCUCAGUGAUGUCUCGUAACAGUCUACAGCAAGGGAAUGUGGAUGGUGCUCGUCGUCUUGGGCGGAACGCAAAGGUCCUGUCAAUCGUGUCGCUGGUGGGCGGGAUCAUCAUCAUUAUUGUAACUGUUGUCAUCAACUGGGGUGUAAUACUGAAGACCUGAUGGUCACAAAAAUGGAUUAAGGAAACGACAAAAUCAACAACCAAUCCAUGAUGACCAUUUUCUUCAUCUUUCAUCUAUCAUGCAUUUCUCUGCAUCGCCCGAACUCCCGAAUGCUUUUCUGUUCAUUUGAACUCUGUCUCCAGAAUCGGUUGUGCCAGUACGAUCAUGAAAAACAGGGACUCUUCAGCACCUCGAAGGACCCAGGAUAUUGACCAAAACAGGAAGACAUGCAUGUUUUUUUCUGCUAAGGACUUGUGAUUGCCAGUGUGGAGACCACCAGAAUGAUCUCAUUUUAUUGGUCAAAUGGUAAGAUUAAAAUGUCAUUGAUCAGUUAAUCAGAGGCAGAAUCAGCAUCACCUACAGAAGAGAGUGAUUAUCUCAAGAGCUGCUCUUUAUAAUCCAGGUUUUCCUAAUUCCUUUGAUGGAUGUGCGGAUGUGGAUGUGCGGUUAGAGAGAUGAUUUUGCACCCAAGGCUUAAACAUUUUUGCUUUUUUAUCAGACGUAAUGAUUGUCUCAAAGAUGUCAGUUGAUGUGAGGGAUCAGAACAUUUUGUCCCCCCUCUCUCUCUUGCUCUCUCUGUCUGUUAGUAAAAAUGUGUAACGUGCAAUCCUACACAGAGAGAAAAGGAAGUGGGAGGGGUCAAAGCAGAGAUGCGGUCUUUUGUUUCACACGUAUGGAGGGAUGGAGACAGAGAAAGCUAGAUAAGGGAGGAGGAGCCUGGCGUCUGAUGAAAAGAUAGCCCUGAGAUGGUGAGAUGUGAGGAAUGCAGUAGAGCCAAGAGGGAUCCCAGCCCGUUCUCAUUGGCUGCUUGCAUGUGUUUGAAGAAGCUGAUAUUAUAAUGCUCGCCUACAUGCCCUCCCCUCCUCUUUGCAGCUUUAACAGUCUCGGCCAGUUCCUUUCAGACAAACAGAAAGCAUUUAUUUAUUAUCGUGUUUUAGCAGUAUGGAUGUGUGACCACAUUCGAGGCAAAAUGUCGAUCCAGACUGUUUUGAAAGCAGUCACGUUUUUAUACCACAAUGUUUACAAUAGAACCCUUAGUAGUAACCUUCAUGUUCAACAAUAACAGCAGGACAUUUUGACAAUGGCAAAUCACUUUACACAGCUAAAACCGUUUGUUUGGUGGAAUGGUUUGUUUCGCUGAAUAGAAUAAUACCUAAAUCAUUCCUGGUCAGGCCACACAGACUGUGCCAAAAUCAAGACUCCGCCAAGAUUCCAUAUAGGACAGCUUUUUUCCGGAUUAAGUGGGCAUAUUUGUGAUAGAGACAGGAUGUGAGAGGAUAAUUAUAUGUUACUUUGAGGAAGUCAUUUUAUAGAUCUUUUUUGUAGCAUUUUAUGAAAUAUAGAAAUUUAUCAUAAAUUUUGUGCAAUUAAACAUUAAGACCAUCAUAGAAUUGAUGUUGCAGCAUUAUAUAACAGAAUAUGUUUUUGGUUUAAUUAAAAUUCUCAUAAUUCUUUUUUUGGGGGGUCACAAAGCAAUGCACCCUACACAGAGGUAAGUUUGAGAACCACUUACUUAGUGAUUUGCCCCACAUUUGUCAGAUUUUCAUAUAGCUUCAGGUCUCUUGCAUGCAAUUGAUUCUGUUAUAUGUUUACAGCUUUUUGAUGGUGAUGAAGGCGCUUGAUUCUUAUUUUUUAAGAGCAAAACCUUUGUUGUGUUGCACUCUGUAAAUGUAUCUUCAGCAACUCAGUUUGGGUCCCAUUUUUGGGGGAGGAGCUAAAAUUGUCUUGUUAUUUCUGAUCAUUCCACAUCCCCACCAAUUACACAUGAAUGAUCGUAGCAUGCACAUUUUUUAUUAGCAUUGAUAUGAACUGCGUGCAGUCAGUGAAUGCCAGCUUGACUUAUGUUCUACUGAAUUGUUCUGCUCAGCUAUUUAUAUUUAACCUGCUUACACUGCUGAAUCUCAUGAUUGUAUAUACAUAUGUAUGUAUAUAUGUUUAUGUACAUAUUUGUACCACUUCUGCUGAUCUGAAUCUCUUCGAUGGACAUGAACAGUAUUCAUAAUGCAGAUUUUGACUGUUAACCAUGCAGUGCUUUCUAGUUUUUUUGUAUCUCUAUGUAUUUUAAAACUCGUAAUCUGUGGCCAUAUGUUUUGUAUGCCUUUUGUGCUUUGCUGGUAUGAGAACCUUAAUUGCAUGUUUACAGAAUUUCUAUGCUGCACAGUACUCGGAGUCGGAGUCUGGGUUACAAGUUCUACCUGCUGUUAACAGAAUCUAUUUUAUUCACCUUUUUGUUCAUACAGCACUCAACUGCAUUUUGUCACGACUUUACCUAGUCAAUGGAAACAUUUUCUUGAUAUUUGAUAUAAGAGACGUUAUGAUAACUCUUGUGGCUAAUAUAAUCCUGAUUUUGUGCAGAUUUGCCUGUGCAUGCCUUAAUGAAAUGCUUUGGAACAACACUAUGUGAUGUACACUGUAUCCAAACCGAACGAAGCGUUUGAUAUAGAUCUCGCAGUAUCGAUCCGUAUUCUGCUCUGUACUGACACUGAGUAUGCAUUAAUGAGCCCAGUGAAUAAACUGUUCCUCAUUAUGCCACCUCUGUGUGUUUGUACUCAAUAAAAGCACCAUACGCUCAUAUAUAAGGGUCUGUUGAGUCUGU